AUGGCUAAUAAAAAGUCAUCUAGUGAACAUUCAUCACCAUCAACAUUAGAAAUUGUUAUUGAUAAUCAAUUCGAUAGUGAUCCAUUUGAUGAAGAUUCCAAUAGUCAAAUAAGAUAUCGAAAAUCUGCUACGACAGAUGAUGAACAUAUGACACAUCGACAAUGGAAAAAUACUAAAAUAAAAAAUUCAAAAUCUCAUCGAUUGAUUGAAAAACGACGUCGAGAUCGAAUGAAUCGUAGUCUUGAUAUUUUAUUAAAUUUAAUACCUCAUAAAAAACCUGAAAAUCAACGUCGUAUUGAAAAAACUGAAAUUAUUGAAAUGUCAAUUAAAUAUAUUCGUAGUUUAUUAUCAUCAAAUCAAAAAUCAUUUGAACCAUUUAGUUUUGAUAAAAAAUCAAAAUCAAAACUUAAUACAUAUCGUUCGGGAUAUUACAAUGGAAUUUGUGAUAUAUAUGAAUAUAUAGAAAAACAUACAAAUGAUAAACAACUUCUUACUAACAUAUUUCAAUAUAUCGAAGAAAAAGAAAUUGAAUUAAAAAAUUUAACUGUUGUAUGUGAUAAAAAAGAUAAGUUAAAACGUCAAAUAUCUUCACAAACAAAUUGUAAUAAAUCUAAUUCAAAUGAUAAUCCAUUUUCUAUAUCUGAUAUAAAUAAACAAAAUAGUUCAACAAAAGUACCAAUAUUUGUUUUACAUCCAUCUGGUACACAUUAUAUUCCAAUGUAUAUUGAUUCAUCAAUUAUCGUAAAUAUAUUUAAUAAUAAAUCUAAUCCAUUUCAAACAUCAUCCAUAAAUGAACAAGUUCAUUGUCAUCCAAUAUCAAUUCCUGUAAAUUUUAGUCCAACAUCAAUUUUAUCAGAUCAAUCUGAACUUGAUAUUCAAAAUUUAAAUGUUAUUGGUACUAGCCAUCAAACGAAUGAAAAAUCUAGUUGA